AUGGCCGACCUGGGCAACGCCGACCGUCCGGCGCAGGGCACGGCGCGCGGAGGCAACGGCGCAGCCCCAGCGGGCUGUGAUAAGGGGCUCAUUCCGCGGUCGAAUAAGGAGUACCUCAAUAUCGAGUACUGGGACAAGCGGUUUGAAGUGGAGGAGUCGUUUGAGUGGUGCGGGGACUACUCGCAGUUCAAGCACCUGCUGCUUGCACACAUCCGCCCCUGCGACCGGGCGCCUCACAACCACACCCUUCCUCACGGUCCUGUGCUGUGCUGCUGCUCGCCCACACCCCCCUCCCCCCCUGCCACCGAGUACUCAUGCCAUUCUCUCUGCCUUUCCAAGCGCCUCAUACUGCCGCUCCCUGCACAUACUCCCUGCUGCCUUCCCAAGCCUCCUAUGUUUCCUAUCGUCCUGCGUCUUCUCGUUACUCUUGCUUGCAGCUGUUCGCUGUGUCAGCCAUCUGCCCCUCAACCCCCCUGCCCCUCCACGCGUGCCCCUGUCGUGCGCGCAUGCCAGGUGCUGAUACUAGGCAACGGCACAUCAGACCUGCCAGAGUGCCUGUGGCGGGACGGCCGCCGCCACAUCACCGCCACCGACCUCUCUGCUCUCGUGGUGCACCGCAUGGCACAGCGCAGCACCGAUCUGGGAAGUGCCGCUGUGUGCGCUGCUGCCCCUGCUGCAGCGCCUGCCACAGCCGCCAAUACAGCCCCGGAUGCUGCUGCUGCUGCUGCUGCUGCUGCUGCUGCUGCUGCAUGUGAUUGCACCGGCACACACGCCGAGGCAGCCGCGCACACAGCUACUGGGGAGGCGCCUGGAGGGACACAGCCCCCGCAGCAGCAUCAGCCGCAGCCGCCCUCCCCCUCUACCACUCGUGUGGACAGCAAUGGCAUGGGUGCGGUAGCAGGGGGCAGAGAGGGGCAGGCGCAGCAUGCAUGCUCAGGUAGUACUGGCUCUACUGGCUGUGCAGGCUGCAAUACCUCUGGUGACAGCAGCAAUGGGUGUGAGCCGCGCAGCAACAGCAACAGCAGCAACGGCGGCGGCAGCAGUGGUGGGGGAGUGGUGUGCGAGUGUGGGAGGGCGGUGGGCAUCACAUGGGCGGUGGCGGACAUGAUGGCUCUGCCCUUCCCCGAUGCAGCCUUCGAUGUCGUGCUCGAGAAGGGCGUGCUGGACGUGCUAUUAGUGGACAGCGACUCCCCCUGGCACGUGCCGCCCCCCAUCGUGCAGCGCGUGCACACAGCGCUCUCACAGGCCCACCGCGUGCUCACCCCGCACGGCCGCCUGCUCUCCAUCACCUUCGGACAGGUGCGCUGUCACACAGGUGUGCUGUCACACAGGUGCGCUGUCACACACGUGCGCUGUCGGCCAGGUGCUGUGCAGGGGGACAGGAUGAGCACGUCUCACACUGCCUCAGCACGUCUCACACUGCCUCAGCACGUCUCACACUGCCUCAGCACGUCUCACACUGCCUCAGCACGUCUCACACUGCCUCAGCACGUCUCACACUCUCCAAGCUUGCCUCUUUUCCCGCCCCUCGCCCUCUCCUCCACUCGCUCCCCCUGCAGCCUCACUUCCGUCGCCCCCUUUACGAGGCUCCUCACCUCACAUGGACGCUGCAGCACACGGCCUUUGGGGACUCCUUUCACUACUUCCUCCUCCACCUCGCCAAGGUCUAUGGCUGCUCGCCCCCUCGCCGGCCUCCGACUCUCCUCCCCCUUCACCCCCAUCCGCAUUCCGUCCCCGAUCCCCCUCAUUCGCCGCUCCGCGUCCCCGUGCGCGCUCCCCUGUGCUGCACCGCGCUGCUACCGCUUGCGCAGAAUCCGCGGUUCCCCAUCGUGCGCGCAUCUUCCGUCGUCCGCUGCGUAUCCCGUCCCCUCGCCUCUUUCACCCCCAAUUCCGCCAGCCCAGCGCGCCUUCCCCACGGGAGAAGCCGCACCAGGCGGAUACCUGACACGCACAGCAAUCGCUCACGGCUGCGCGGGUGAUCGCCGCUGCCGCAGCGGGGUGGCGCGCGCAGCAGGCGCAAUGGCGGAAGCUGGGGGGUUAAUGGCGGAAGGCAGCGGGGAGCAGAACAGCGGAGCGCGCAGCAGCGAGUGGGGCGGCGGCGCAAGCAGGGUGCGAGUGCGGCGGGUGGGCGCGAAUCCAACGGAGAUCAUCGAUCUGCCCGCCGAGUCGCGCUUCCGCGCGUCGCCAGCAGCAGACGGCGCAGCGGCAGAAGCCGCGGAUGGCAUUGCCGGGCAGAUCCGCAGCAGCAUCGCGGAAGCUUCUUCCGCGGGGGUUCCCCCGCCCGCGGUGCUAGUAGUGCCUGGGAAUCCAGGCGUGUGCGCGUAUUACACGGACUUUGCGCUCGCGCUGCACUCCGCGCUUGGCGGAGCUGCGCGCGUGGUGGUGGUGGGACACGUGGCGCACACGGAGCGCGAGAUGGAGGGCGGACGUCUGUACUCGUUACAGCACCAGAUCCAGCACAAGAUAAGGCACCUACCCUCCCACGUGGUGCACGUGGUGGGGCUCUUCCCCUUCCUCACCUUCAACCACCAAUCAGACGAGCAGCGGCGCCUGAAGCUGAUCGCGUCGCUCACGCCGCUGCUGGCGGUGGUGGCGGCGCUGCUGCAGGUGGUGCGGGUGCUGCCGGCGCGGGUGGUGCAGUGGGUGGUGCGGCGCGGCGUGGGGAAGGCGUGGAGCCAUGGUGCCGUGCAUGUCACCGCCACUGCCAUGCUCCGGUACAACAUGCUGCGCAACUAUGCAUACAUGGGGCACACCGAGUUCAUCUAUUUUUCGCAGCGGGAGUUUGACUGGGCGUUUCUGAGCAGCAAUGCGCCGCACUUCACUUUCAUCUUUGGCCGUGACGACCACUGGGGCCCGCUGCACCUGCACCAGCAGAUGCAGGAGCGAGUGCCAGAGGUGGCAGCAUACGUGGACGAGGAGGGGCAUGAGCACACCUUCUGCUGCACUGACCGGGGUGCCAGCAGCAUCGCAACGCAUGUCGCCAAGCUGCUGCGCUCGCAAGGCACUCUCCCUGCUACAUAG